AUGGCAGCAGAAACUGGCUUGAAAUUUAGCCAAAGGCUUGGUUUCAUAAGUAAUACAGUUUUUCAUCAACUGGUCCUCAUUAUAUUCGUUUAUAUUUCUUAUGUUAUAAUAAAAUAUAACGAUCUAAAUCCUACAAGAAUUAUUCAUUAUUCUUUCAGUACUGGAGCUUAUAUACCUUUGAUGGCAGAAGGAAUAAUAUUAUUUAACGAAACAAAUACAUGGUCUUUUCAAAUAAAUAGAAGUAGAAAAGCUUGGAUACAUGGAGUUUUAUUAUCUCUUAGCCUUAUCCUACUUACUAUCGGUAUAGCGUUUCAAAUUAAUGCCAAAGAUGAUCAUUUUAAAACUACCCAUGCUAUAACAGGUUUGGUCUCAUGGAUCUUAUGUUUUGUACUGACAUUAACAGGAGUUAUAACUAUUUAUUCACCUAAAUUGAAGAAUUAUGUGCGACCAGUUGUUUUAAAAACAAUACAUUCAUGUUUAGGUUUGUCGUGUUAUGCUAUUGGAAUUACAUCUAUCAUUCUAGCAAUAGACAAAUCAAGCUUUACUAGUUACGUUUCCGACACCGAAUUAAUAACUAUAAAUUCGUUGGUUAUUCUUCUUACAAUUUGGAGUGUUAUAGGUGCUUUAAAGAUGGUGUUUAAUAAUUUGAAAGAUUUAUUUUUUUAAUUGUUAGAUCGGUUCUAAGAAAAAUAUAUUGAUAGCGACAAA